GCCUACAGGGGAAGAAGAGCUCCUCCCACCGGAUUCCUCUCCCCUGUCAUUCCUCCAGAAUCUUCUCCGCCAACCACUUCCCCUCUCACUGUUUACCUAGAAUCCAUCGCGGUCCCGCCGCUCCCUAUAGAACUAGUUUAUUCCCUUUCGUCCGCUAUAAAAAUCUUCUCUUUUUCUAUACAGAGAUUAAGUUUCGAUGAUAGUGACAGGCUCGUGUUGGGGUUCAUGAGACUCCUGCAGGCUGCAGGUACUUAGGUAUCAGGUUGCGAGGCUCGAGCACUAACUCUCAAUUUCCCCCUUCGAUUCUGGUUUUUCCGUCCAAGAUUUAUCUGAGGUAUGAGGAGACAUGACCCGUGAAGAAUAUUCUUCUUUGAGUUUGCUUUCCUGAAGAACUGCUGCUAUGUAUGAAUUUCCUUCUUUUCCCUUCCUUUUUCCAAGAACUGCGUUGUUCUACAUCGGAGUAGAUUCCCAUACCAGGAAAUAGAUAGACAUGAUAGAGAAUCAUACUUCUUUUUAGGAGGGAAAAUCUCACUUCGUGUAUAUUAGUCAUUUCCAUCUGUAUGCUUUAGUGUGCAAAAUUGUUCCCUUUGGCUGAAUGCAAGUGAUAAAUUCUGCACAAGGGAAGAGCUAUUACGAUUUAUUUUAGCAAUUUUAUUUUCACUGGAUGUUGCUAAAUGCUGAUUUUGUCUGUAGAACUGCUGCCUCUGCAGGAAUCAACUGAAUUCUGUGUGUCUAGGUUCAAAAAGAUUUGAUCUUGGAGGAGGAAGAUCAGGGAUGGGUGAGGUUGGGACACCAGAAUAUUACAGAGAUGGGGGCUCGGACAUGGACCUGCUCAUGCUCUCAACGUUUGAUGGCCUUGACAGUUUCACAGAGCUCGUCGCCGGUCCUUCGUUUGGUGACAGUAUCUUGUCGUCAUUCAGUGCUUCACCUGCGCAACACUUGAUGCACAUUUCACCUUCAUCUCCUCCUGUGAAUUUGGAGGCACAAGGUGAUGUUUCCACCUCUGAUGGUAGUGAUUGCUCAGACGGUUUAGCCUCUAAUGAGGUCAAGCACAUGUGCACUCAAACAAUCCCCAAGGCAGUCUAUGGCGGCGUCACUCUGACGGAGAGGAUGCUCAGGGCAUUGUCCAUUCUUAAAGACACAUCUAGCGGUGGAGCAGUCCUGGUGCAAGUUUGGAUCCCUGUAAUAAAUGGAGAUCAUCAAGUGCUGACCACCUCUGACCAGCCUUUCUUGCUUGAUGAGAGGCUGACAGGGUACAGGGAAGUCUCUAGGCAGUUCACAUUCUCCGCCGCAGAAGGACCUGGUCUGUUUCCGGGAUUGCCCGGGCGGGUUUUCAUAUCCGGUAGGCCAGAGUGGACAUCAAACGUCAUGUACUACAACCCUUCGGAGUACUUGAGGGUGAACUAUGCGAUUCACAAUGAAGUCCGUGGAUCCCUUGCCAUGCCUGUUUUCGACCCAAGAAGCGGGUCUUGCUGUGCAGUGCUUGAAGUCGUCAUGACUCAGGAAAAGGAUAACUUCUGUUCAGAGAUGGACAAUCUUUCUAAUGCUUUGCAGUCUGUUCAUCUGAGCACCGUGAAAGCAAGGAAACAUCCUCAGAGCCAUACUAGGAAUCAGGAAUCUGUAUUGACAGAAAUAUUAGACGUUCUCCGAGCUGUUUGCCAUACACACAUGCUACCUUUGGCACUUGCAUGGAUUCCAGUUUGCCCCAACAGCAAUUUGAAUGUGUCAGCAGAGUAUGGUGACCAGCCUGUAAAGUUUGGUUUGAGGAACAAAGAUGUCCUUUGCGUGCAAGAGUCUGCCUGUUAUAUUAAUGACAUGAGAAUGCAUGAUUUUGUCCAUGCCUGUGCUGAACAUCCCCUUGAGAAAGGGCAAGGUGUUGCUGGAAAUGCAAUUUUAUCAAAUAACCCCUUCUUCUCAUCUGAUGUGAGAGAAUACGAUAUGCAUGAUUACCCACUCGCUCAUCAUGCUCGUAAGUUUGGUCUUCAUGCUGCUGUUGCAAUAAGGCUGCGUAGCACAUACACUGGAAAUGACGAUUAUGUGCUAGAGUUUUUCCUUCCACUUGCGUGCAAAGUUGGUGAAGAACAACAGCUCUUACUCGACGACAUCGCAGUGACCAUGCAGAGAGAGUGCAGUAGUCUGAGAACAGUUUCAGAUGUUGAACUGAAGCAAAAUGCCAUAACAGUGCCAUCAGGAAUAAGAUGCUCGUCAGCUGAUGUUUCUGUUAAUUCUUGCGACCAAAUUGAUACUGUAUCCAAUGAAGUCAAAACAAAUAUGCCUUUGGAUAAUCAGAUAAGAAGCACUGUUGAGCAACUGGUGGAUAACAAAUAUGCUAAGAAGUUCAAAGCUGGCACUACAUCUCAAAGUUCUAAAGUUCGCAGCUCAACAGAGAAGAAUGUUAGAUUGAGUAUCCUUGAGGAAUCUACAUCUCAUGGACCUAAAAUACGCAUCUCAGCUGAGAAGAAUGUCAGCUUGGGUGUCCUUCAGCAAUACUUUGCUGGCAGUUUAAAAGAUGCUGCAAAGAGCAUUGGCGUUUGUCCUACAACACUGAAAAGGAUAUGCCGGAAGCAUGGAAUAUUAAGGUGGCCAUCUCGUAAGAUUAAGAAGGUAAAUCGGUCCCUGGAGAAGAUUCAAAAUGUGAUAAGUUCCGUACAUGGAGUCGAAGGACUAAUAAAAUAUGAUCCUGCCACCGGAUGUCUUGUUUCAUCGGUUUCUCCUUCUGAAGAGCCUUCGAUGAUAAAUGCUGAACAUAGAAGUUCUGAUCCCCUACCCAUUGAAUCUGACUUGUCCAGACAUAAGUUCCAACCCGAUUAUGAUGCUUACCAAAGCGAACAUCUAGGCCAAGUUGUACUCCCGGAAGCACACAAUGCAAAAACGUGCGAAGAUCAUAUUAAUUUGAAUCAUGGAGGGUUAUUUCCAAAUUCACAUUUUGACAGAACAUCAGAAGGGCCACGGUGUCAGGAUGAGUCGAAUGGUUUGUAUGUUGCAAAAGAAAUGACCCGUGCCAUCAGAAUGGAUGAUAUGCAGGUAGAGGGAGUGAAUCAGAAAAAUGUGCUAUGGAAUUCUGUUUCUAUGCCACAACAAUGCAAAGUAGAGGCAAAAGCAAACACGGCUGAUACGAAGGUUGAGCAAAGCCUGGCAUCUUCUUCCAGUAUGACAGAUUGUUCCAGUGGCGGUACAUCAAGUGAUGAAACUUUGAACAUAGUUAACGGAACCAAUUCGAGCAUAGUCAUCAAGGCCACUUACAAGGAGGAUACUGUAAGGUUAAAAUUACUAGCAUCUAUGAAAUACCAGAAUCUGCUCAAUGAGGUCGCGAGGAGGCUGAAACUAUCAGUUGGCACAUUUCAGCUCAAAUACAAGGAUGAUGAGGAUGAAUGGGUGAUUUUAGAAAGUGAUGCUGAUCUCCAGGAAUGCCUUGAUGUGUUGGACACCACCGGGUCACGUAUUGUAAAAGUUCAAGUAAGACUACGAGAUGUUCCAUGUGCUACUGGAACUUCUUCGGCUAGUAGCUCCAUAUCGGGUCACUAAGUCAGGGACUUAGGGUGCUUUUGAAAAAGAAAAAAAACUGGUGAAAAGCGAAUGUGUUUGGCUCAUGACAUGUUAAGGCUUUAGUAUGACUCCGAUCGAUAAUAUGUGCUCAUGACAUAUUAUGGCAAACAUGUUCAUUUAAUCUAGGUUGAACAAUGAACAGACUGAUUUUGAUCUGGUGGCCUAGUUGGUUAAGAAUAUUUUGGUAGAAAUGCCAGCAAACUUUUGUUUAGACAUGCAACAUUACAAGUCUGAAGUACAAGAAUGGUAGUACAACAUGUAUUUCAUAUUUUAAGUACAAGAAUGGUAGCUGAAUUUGGAUGCUAAAUUACAUGUUUUAUGAUC